CCCGCGGCCCGUGGGUGCGAGCGCUCGGCGCCGCCCUGCGGGAGGCCGGGCCUAGAAUGCGGCUCCCUCAGGGUCCCCCAGCUCGAAGCUGCUCGCUUCGAGACGAGAAGCCCUGGUGGUGCGGAGGCCGAGGAACCAUCGCCCACCGCCCCGCUGCCGAGAGCUCGGGGCCCCGGCGGCCCCCGGGAGCCCGGGCGUCGCGCCUGUGGCCACGCGGUCCGGGCCGGAGGGAGCUGGGGACCGCCGGAGAGCGGGGUUUUCGCUCAGAAGCGCGGUUCGCGCCUGUUAAGUGCCAGUGUCGGCUCCUUAGAGAUGCCGCAGCUGCUGACAGCAGCCCCCGGGGUCCCUGGCUCUCGCGGGUUUAGUGGCAGCGGGAAGGCGAACAGGUGGCAGAAAAGCCUGCGGAGCUCCCGUGAGAAAGGAAGCCCCGAGGACACUCCUUCAGUGGCUGGUGGAGGGAAUGACCCCAGGCAUUGCUGGGCCCGUACGCACCCCGGAGAGGUUCUCAAUAUACUGACCAAAAUGAUUGGCUGAAGCAAAUUGAUUUUUUCCUGUUAAAAGACAAUUUUCCGCAGAAGGAAAGGGAGUUAACUCAUGACUGUCACGCAGAUAUAAACGAGCACAUGAUGAAGAUUCUUAUGUAACUCAUUAAUCAGGCUAAUCAGCACAUGACCCACUGAGGCGAGACCUCUAGGCAGAGGAGCCCAGGAAAGUGUACCUGACUCCAGAGUGAUGGAUCCGUGCUCGGUUGGAGUGCAGCUUCGCACCACAAACGAGUGCCACAAAACCUACUACACUAGGCACACAGGCUUCAAGACUUUGCAGGAGUUGUCGUCCAAUGAUAUGCUUUUACUUCAGCUCCGCACCGGCAUGACGCUGUCUGGGAACAAUACCAUUUGCUUCCAUCAUGUAAAAAUUUACAUCGACCGGUUUGAGGAUUUGCAGAAGUCAUGUUGCGACCCAUUUAACAUACAUAAAAAGCUGGCCAAAAAGAACCUGCAUGUCAUUGACUUGGACGAUGCCACUUUUCUGAGUGCAAAAUUCGGAAGGCAGCUGGUGCCUGGUUGGAAGCUCUGUCCGAAGUGCACACAGAUCAUCAAUGGAAGUGUGGAUGUGGAUUCUGAGGACCGCCAGAGAAGAAAGCCUGAGUCUGAUGGAAGAACUGCUAAAGCUCUGCGGUCUCUCCAGUUUACAAACCCAGGAAAGCAGACCGAAUUUGCUCCGGAAACUGGAAAAAGGGAGAAGAGAAGGCUCACGAAAAACACACCCGGUGGUUCAGACAGACAAGUCAUACCAGCCAAGAGCAAGGUCUACGACAGCCAGGGCCUGCUCAUCUUCAGCGGGAUGGACCUGUGUGACUGCCUGGACGAGGACUGCUUGGGCUGUUUCUACGCCUGCCCUGCCUGCGGGUCCGCCAAAUGUGGAGCCGAGUGCCGCUGCGACCGAAAGUGGCUGUACGAGCAAAUCGAGAUCGAAGGGGGAGAGAUCAUUCACAACAAACACGCUGGGUAGUUCAGGAUUCCAUACUGGGCUCGUUAGGGGUCCACGUUUCCAAAAUUCUGUUACUCUUGAGACACAUUUUAAGCUCCAUAGUUAAAUAAUAAAGACUUGAAACUGCUCA